UGCUGCUGUGUUCAUGUUGGGUCCGGUGAAUCUGGCUGAUCUGUGAGAGCUGGCAGCUGCGAAUGGGUAGCAGGUUAAAGUCGAGGCGGGUGUGUGUUGAAUCUCCGCCACACCGUUUGCGGUAUGAAUGUUAAAACCGGAGGUUUUCCGCGGGCACCGAAGGGAAAUCUGCUCUGGUCGCGGGGAGUUUGGCAGCUGCGCUUCAGUGAUGGCGAGAGGCUUAAGCGGCUGCUGCAGGCUCCCUGGGUCACUUAGCCUCGCUCUCUUCUCCGUCCUGCUCGCCUGCGCUCUCUGUCACAACUGUAACCACAAAGUGCCCUUGCCAACAGAGGUGAUACAUGAUGUAUAUCUGAAACCUGGGAGACUGACUAAAAGAAGCACCGAGCAGCAGUUAAAGAUUCAGAUAUUUUACGACUCCAGUUUGGAUGUGCUCGAUGAGGACAAAAGCAACCUUGUGAAGGACAAACUCUUCCCACAAGCCGUCGAUUAUCUUCAGAGGGCCUUCAGAGUGCGCAGACAGACAGGCCCUGUAUUACUAAGCAGGCAAUGCUCAACAAAUCAGUAUCUGAGAAAACAAGAUGACCCUCAUCGCUUUUGCCAAGGAGCUUGUGCUAAUGUCACGAGAUGUGGACCAGUGAUUGUGCCUAAGGAACAUUUGCAGCAAUGUAGAGCGUGCAGCGAGACUGGGAAGUCGUGUGGUCCAAUAGGACCCCUGGACGGUGAGGGUGUUGACGGGGCGGAUUUUGUGUUGUACGUGAGUGGGGUGACCACUGAGCGCUGUGGGCAAGAGAACAUUGUGGCCUAUGCAGCAUACUGCCAGCUGGAGGCAGAACUAGACAGGCCUAUUGCUGGAUAUGCCAAUUUGUGUCCAAAUAUGAUUUCAACCCAACCUCAGGAGUUCGAAGGCAUGCUGUCCACUGUUAAACAUGAGAUCAUACAUGCUUUGGGUUUUUCAGCUGGACUGUUUGCCUUUUACCGUGAUGAUGAUGGGAAACCACUGACGCCACGCCCUGCAUAUGGCUUACCAGCAUUCAAUGAAAGUUUGGGUCUCUAUCAAUGGAGUGACAAAGUUAUAAGGAGAGCGACCCGAUUGUGGGAUAUCCGUGGUGGUCACAUGGUGCGACAUGAGGUCCAUCUUAUGGUCACCCCACGCGUUGUAGAGGAAGCACGGCAACAUUUUGGAUGCCCUAUUCUAGAGGGCAUGGAGCUGGAAAACCAAGGAGGCAUGGGCACAGAGCUGAAUCAUUGGGAAAAACGCUUAUUAGAGAAUGAAGCUAUGACUGGAUCUCACACACAGAACAGAGUGUUCUCCAGGAUUACCCUUGCUUUAAUGGAAGAUACGGGGUGGUAUAGAGCAAACUACAGCAUGGCAGAGAAUCUGGAAUGGGGCAAAGGUUUAGGAUGUGACUUUGUGAUGAAAAGCUGCAAAUUCUGGAUCGACCAGCAGCGCCAUACGAGACCCACACUGACGCCAUACUGUGACUCUGUGCGUGGCAUUCCACUGCAGCUUUCCUGCAGGCAGGACCAGCUGGCAGUGGCAGUCUGCAACCUGCAGAAAUAUCCUCUGCCUCUGCCACGGGAGUAUCAGUAUUUUGACAAAAUCCCUGGUGUGCCUGAAGGAGAUUUGUCCUUAUAUGGAGGUGCAGUGGAGAUUGCAGACUUCUGCCCUUUUAGUCAGGAGUUCAGCUGGCACCUGAGUGGAGAGUACCAGCGCAGCUCCUACUGCAGAAUACAGGAAAACCAGCCAGACUCAUGGCGGAACUAUGCUGCUGAAGAGUAUGGCCCAAACUCUGUUUGUCUGUACCAGAAAUCAGCCUUCAUCAUGGAGCAGUGCAAUAAACGCAUGACCUACCCAGACUGGGGAAGUGGCUGCUAUAAGACGUCAUGCUCAGCACUGGGUUUGCUGGUGUGGGUUCAGGAUCAAAGUUUUUUGUGUGUGCAUGCCGGGCAGCUGCUCAGUGUGAAUGUGAGGAUAAAUGAGUGGGUGUACAGUGGCCAGCUGCUCUGCCCCACCUGCUCACAUUUCUGUAGCCACUGCCCUCUGCCUCACGAGCUCCCACCAGUCAACACUACUCGCAGCGUCCGCAUAGACCCGUGCUCCAGCUCUUCUGGCUUGGUGGUGACGUUAUGGCGGCUCCUGUUUAACCUCGUUCCGUUGCUGGCAGGCUUCAUCCUCUGUGUGAGAAACUGAAAGUGGUCACGUGAAUGAUGUCAGUGAGGGGAGGACAUGGGCAUUUCACUGCCACAGGCUUCCCUUUGAGAUUCUUACAUUAGCAGGGGAAGCAGUGCUCAGUGUAGUAGACAAGACUGAUGCACAAGCUUCCUUUUAGACAUGAAGGCCUUUGUGAAAGUUGUUGUUGAUGGAAGGAAAAAGCCAUUGACUGCACUCCGCUCUGUGUAGAUAUCAAGUGCCAGUCAGCUAUAGUUGAGACAAGAAGCCAUAGCCGUGCAAGAUGGCGUGCAGCAGGUGACCUUGAAAUGCUGGUGCUAAUUUCUGUUGUGUUUCUAUCUCCGGUGGACAUGUAGCGAUUUUCUAGCAUUCCUGAAAGUUUUUUUUUUUCUUCUCCUAAAACAGUAAUGCUUGUUUCACAAAUAGUACUUCUGGUUGGCAUGAGCAGCACGGAAUGUCUUGCUUUUCAUUUCAUCGCUCAUGUUAACAGGUCAGAGGUUUCACACAAGGCCAUGCAGUGAGGCAGAGCUUUCCAGGUGUAGCACUGAAGUGACAUGGUAUUUACACUCCAAAGUCUAAAAAUCAAGUCGAUAUGUCUAAUAUUUCUCAUGUUAAGAUUUUUGUAUGCUCAUUGUAAGAUCAUUUUAUUUAAUGUAGAUUUUUUUUUUUACUUGUUAUGAGUAAUUUUACUCAAGUAAGUAAUUAAUUAAGAUUGCAUCACUAUAUCAGCAGAUAAUUCUGCUUGUUUUACAACAAUACUUUAAACAAGCAAAAUUAUCUGCCAGCAUAGUGAAAUAAUAUCAGACGUAUCGAGUUCAUUUAAGAUUUCGCUUUGCAUUUUUUUCCACAUGUUGCCGUGUUGCUCAUGUUAUGCAGAGGUAGUAUAUUUGAGAAAGAGAACAUUGCUUUAAUAGUUGUAGCUCCGUGAAUGUGACGUGUGUGUGUGUGUGUGUGUGUGUGUGUGUGUGUGAGAAGCUGCUCAGACAAAUCUGGGAGAACCUUUUAAACGAGAGGAAAUUUGAGCUCUGAGUUUAGUGGUGGUGUUUGAUGUUGAUAGGUGGAAAUUUGAAUGUUGCUGUUUUGUUUAUAAUCAGCAUGUACUGUAUCAAAAUGUAUUUAAAUUUAAUAUUAUUAACUGCUUUAUUUUGAAAAGCGGAAGCUAAAAUAACCCAUAGGCUCACUUAUCAAUUUCUCAAAUAUGUUCAUGAUCAAAUUUGAUUUACUGAUAUUUUCUUAACAGUAAAUUGCUCAAAUAAGUGACAGAUUAAGCAGAGACAGUCUAAUAUAAUACACUUAACUAAUAUGCUAAUUUAAAAACCCAGAGAUGUGAUACUGUAGUUUUGUGGUUUAAUAAUGUAGAUUUAUCUUCAGUGGCAAUCAGGAAAUCAGCCUCCCUUGUGGGUGUGUAUUUUAUCCUUGCAAAGAUAUUUUUUUUCGUUUAUUUGCCUUGAAUUAGCUGGGAUUUGCCCUUUUAGAGUCACUUUCACUAAAGAAGUUUCAUUGUUUUGAAGGAAUAACGCAAGACAUGGACCAGAUCCAAGCAAAAGGCUAGUGGCCACAGUAUUGCAUUUUUGUUACUUUUCAUUUAAUGAUUGAUAAUAUUAUCAGAGGCUAGUGGCAAACAUGUUUUGCUCAUAAAUUUUAAUGUGUCCUGCUUUAUAGUCGUAGUUGGUCUGGAUUUGUUGAAUGAUUACAUGAUUACAGAUAUAUAUAUAUAUAUAUAUAUAUAUAUAUAUAAAAAAACUGGAAAGGCAGCCAUGCAGGCUCAGACAUUUACCCAUGUGAAAUUUAUAGUUUGUAUUAUAAACAGCUCUGGAAGUAGAUGCUUUAAAAUGUACGUUUUUCUCAUCAUCUUUUUGGUUAUUACCCAGCUGUUGAUUGCUUGAUUGACUGCCAGAUUCCCAUUAACUUUGGGUGAAGACAAACACUGUGCAGAAGCAUCUUGACAUUUUCUUGAAAUUUUGGAUCAUGUUUCCAAAUAGCUAAAAGUCUUUACUGUUUUAUUACUACAGGACUAGAUAUCUCGGCUAGAGAUUAGCAUGUUUGUGCUGGGAGCAGAAUAUGGAGGAGUUAGCAUUUGGUUCUAAACUUCCUUUGUACACUUAAUAUGAUGUUUUGGGUCCAAAGGUUUCAGUCUACUUUUCCCAGUUUUUCUACAGUUUUAACAUGUGAAGUUGUCCACCUUAAUUCAGUUCAUUUCUUUAAUGUGGUUGUGUUAUGUUUUAUUUAUUUAUUUAUUUUUAAUUUUUCACUUAAGCAUUUUCAUUUUAGGCAUAGGAGGGUUGGUUAAACUUUGGGUUACACUAACAGCAGAACACUGGAAACUUGUAUCAAACAUGGCAGCUUGAAACUAUUGACCAAUGUUAAUGCUUAAUGUUAAGGGCAUUUUAGUUCUACACAAGAUGUUGUACAUACAAACUGUAACUUUUACCCCUGUCAUUGGUAGCUUAUGUUGGCUGAGCUCUUUCUGACUAUUGAAGGUUGAUUUGGAUGCAUGUGUUCUUUUUAGUAUUUGACGGUGAGUCUCAAAUUGUAGUGCAACAACACUAGCUUUUUUAAUGAACAAAAGAAGUAAUGCAGUUAUACUCUGAGGGUUUAUACCUGCUUUUUACAUCAGUGCAGUACAGUGUUUUAAUGUGCAAUUUCUGCACUGAAAUGUAGACUGAAAUGAGCCUUAUAGUCCCAGAGGUCCAUUCCUACUGAAGUCAGGGACAGGAGUUUCUAAUGCACCAGAAUGCCUACCUUCCCAUAGUUUAUUUAUACUGCUGAAGGAUGGUGUCUACAUAGUUGUUUAUGUGCAUAUAUCAUCUCUCUGUUGGACUGAAAGAUUUUCCAUUUCAGUCAAAGGUUUAUGAUGGAAGGUCAUUCCCACCAAGUAGAGGAGACACAAAAAAUUAUUAUUAUUAUUAUUAUUUAUUUAUUUAUUUUUUAUUCCUCUCCUUCUCUGCUUCUGGCAAUUUUGACUUUUGACAAAAUAAUGACUUAUUUUCUCAUAAUUAUUUACAUACUAUUUCCAAAAAAAUACUUAUUCAGUUUAGAAAGUUAAAAUUUCAAGAAUAUAACUUGUUGUUUUGACAUGGUAAGUCAAAAUUAUAAGAAAAUAAGACAUUAUUUUGAUGUGAUAAGUCAACAUUUCCCCUCAACUACGUGUUGGGAAUGGGCUUUCAAAGUUUCAAGACUGUUGUGAAUAUGAUGCUAAAAGCUGCAGAUAUUACAGUAGCUUACUUCAUUUUUUAGGUGUUUGACUUUCAUCUGUAUUGUUUACAUUAAUGGUAAAUGUAUUUAUUGUGAUGACUAAUGGCCAUUUUCCCUCUUAAUUCUACUGUUUUUGCGCCAUGUUGCCAUUAUUGUACUUGGUUUGGUUUUCUCGCUUUCCUUUGUGAUGUGUGAAUGGAGCGGAAUUGUUUUCCUUUAGCAGUGACAUUACUGAGAUUAUCUUAACACACUGAAACCUCACAGCAUACUUUGUAGGUAUUUCACCCGUGGUUUAUGUGAAAGAUGAUAGUACACAUUUGUUCUUGUUUUACCAUUUUAAUAAUGUGUUUUUUUGUGACAUAUAUAUCUCAGGGUAGAACACAUUCUGCAUUGACAUAUCUGCCCCCUUUGUUAACUUAAAUGUGGUCUCACACACAGAUUGAGCAUAGGUUUGUACUAAAUGAUCCCCUCAUUUAGAAUUUACCACUGAUAAUAUUUUUAUCUAUGGAAUAAUGUGUCUCAACUAUUUUCUUUUUUUUAUGAUUUACAAAUCAUAUUUUCCAGUCAUAUGCACUAACUGCAGUUCAUUUCAUUUUACAGUAGUCAGGAUGGGAAAAAAUGAACAAAUGAAUACUGAACAUUGUAUGCCAAAUUGAGAGCAGAUUUCUUUGAUGAAUGAACGGGAAAAAAACUACAUGUAUCAUAGACCAAAGACAACUCUAUGCAUAACUCUUGAGGAUUCUCCCUCAGAAAACCAUCUUCCAUUUUAUCAUUCAGUUCCUCCCUACUUCAUUUUAUGUCUAACCACCUUUCGUGUCAUUUGUGUAGGAUUGUCUUUGUGUAUUGGUUUCACAUCCGUGUACAUUGAACAUGUAUUUUGAUGGCAACAAUUAAACAUAAACCUCAUUGUGGA